UGCCGGCGAAUCCGGCCCGCGCAGAGUGGCGUGGGGAAACUUUGUUUCCCACGCCCUCACCCUUCGCGGCGCAGGGGCCGCGGCGGAGCCAGCGUGGCGGGCAAGUGGCUCUCCGCACCCAGCUCCGAACCCCAGGCGCCGCAAGCACGCACCCGGUGCCGCGCAGCAACGACGUCCGGAAGGUCUUUCACGGGCCACGGCGAAUGCGCAGCCGGAUUUACCAGGCGGCGCGGGGGGCCACGAAGAAGCGGUCGGCCGCGCUCCCACGACGCGGGCAGGCCAAACGCGACCGAGGUGGCCGCGUGUGCCCCAAAAAGGGGGAAUAA